AUGUCGCCCGACAGUCCCCCGUCCACAUCCGCCCUCUGCCGCCCGCUUCGUGCCAUCGAAGAUGGCGGGCACGAGAGUGAGGGGGCAGGCGGGCGGCGCGCGGGCGAGCGGCGGUGGCGGUGGCGCGCGCGAUGGCGCGAGGCGGCGGUGGCGGGGGCGCGGCCGCAGGAGCGAUGGGGGCACUCCGCCGUGGCGUGGGAUGGCAAGCUGAUCGUGUUCGGGGUGAGCGGAGGCACGCGGGCGAGUGGAGGUGAGAAGCCGUGCUGCAGUGGCAGUGGAGAGUUUGCCGUGGCAGCAUGUGUUGCCGCCGCUGCGUGCGUUGAGGCCCCUCCCUUCUCGCCCCUCCCCUGCGCGCGCCUGCAGGGCUGUUUCGGAGCGCAGCACUUCUCCACCGUGCUGUCGCUCGACCUCACCACGCUCGCCUGGGCGCCCCUGUCGGCGCACGGCCAUCUGCCGCCGCCCUGCGACUGCCACUCCGCCUCGCUGCUCUCCCGCGGCCGCAUGCUCGUCUUCGGCGGCACCGACGGCCGCCGCCGCCUCGCCGCCACACACCUGCUGCACCUGCCCUCCAAGCGGUGGCAACGCGUGGGGGGAGGGGCGGCAGGGGAGAGGAGUGCGCGCUGUGUGCUGGGUGGGAGUGUGAGUGAGGUGGGUGGUGCGAUCGAGGAGGGGGGAGUGGAGGGGAGUGAGGUGCGAGAAGGCGGCGAGAGAGGGCAGCAGGGGGCUGGGGAGGUGGAGAGUGGUGUGAGCUGCGUGGACGAGGCGGGGGUGACAGCGAGGCAGGGGGGGAGGGGGGCAGAGGGAAGGAGGCGGCAGGUGGAGAGGCGGGGCAGCGACGGGUCGCACGUGUCGAGCAGCAGCGUGGUGGUGUGGCACGGAGGUGAAGGGGAGAGGGGCGAGGGGCUGGUGUGGGGCACGUGGCGGGGCAGUGGCGGCGACACGGACAUGCAUGGCAGCAGCCUGGGCACACCUUGCGGGCGGGUGGGUCCCGUGCAGCCUGGCUCGUGGCAUGAUCCGAGCGCGCUUGCUGCUGCGCAUCCCCCUGCCAGGGAGAGCCACGCGGCAGCGGUUGUGUGGCUGCCACGGUGUAAGGGGGUGGAGGAGGAAGGAGGAGGGGAUGCGGUGGAGUGGCGAGAGACUGUGCUGGUGUUUGGCGGCAGUGGGGAUGAGGAGGGCGGCGAUGGUGCGGAUGGUAAGGAAGGCAUGGACGGGUGGAGAGGAGGGGAGCAGAGAGACGGGGGAGGAGAGGGAGGCAGCAUGAGCGAGGGGGGCGGCAAGGGGCGGUACCUGAACGACCUGUGGGCGCUGGACGUGCCCUCCAUGACGUGGCGCUGCCUCCAUGCACCGCUCACACUGCCGCCCGCCACCCGCGUGCCACGUGGCAAGGCAGGGGAGUGCCCCCCCUGUGCGCGCGACAGCCACAGCAUGGUGGUGAUGGGCGGGGCGCGCGAGCAGCAGGUGGCGGUGGUGUUCGGCGGCGACUGUGGCGCGCGCUACCUCGGCGACCUGCACCUGCUGCACGUCCACCCCCUCUCCUGGUGCCACAUACCAGCACCGGCGGGAGCGCAGUGGCCGGCGCCAAGGGCAGCCCACAGUGCGGUGGCCGUCACGGCCUGGCAGAUGCUGCUGCUGGGAGGGGUGGGCGACGGUGGCUACUUCAGUGACACGUGGCUCUUUGACCUGCCCUCUGCCACGUGGCACCAGCUGCAUCCACCAAUAACAGCCGGUCCUGCCAUGCUGGCAUCGGACAAGUCGAUGGUGGAGCACCUGGAAGCAGAGGAAGCGUCGGCAGCAGCAGCGGAGGCAUGGGCCGCGGGGGAGGAGGAGGGGCAGCAGCCGCGGGCGUGCUUCUCCCACUCGGCCACCCUGCUGCCCGACGGCUGCACCGUCGCACUCUUUGGCGGCUGUGGGCGCGACGAGCAGCCGUGCAGCGACGUCAUGCUGCUGCACCUGCAAUGCCCUGCCGCCAGUCCUUCCCCUCGCUGUGCGCGCCCCCUCUCCUCCGCCUCUCUGCCCGCCCCUGCUGCUGCGCGCACGGGGCGCGAGGAGGAGAAGGGCAACGGGGCAGGGGCGGUGGAGCAAGGAGACAGAGCUAUGGGCGUGGAAGAGCAGGGGAGGAUGGCAGAGGGGAGGUGGCGGGAGGGAGGAGAGGCGAUGGAGUGGAGGGCGGUGUGGGAGGGAGGAGGGGAGGAGGAGGCGGAGGUGGGCAGGCAGCGGAUAGGCGAAGACAGGAGCUUUCUUGACGAGCUGGCGGGCAUUCUCAACGACGAUGCGCCCUGCACGUCACAGCCAGCAGCCACCAUCCGCGGUACCUCCCUUCUGCACCUGAUUCCUGCCUCCAUCUCAAGGGGUGGGCAGAGCAUCGACCAAGCAGCACAAGCGCGAGGUGCAGCAGCAGAGAGGGGACAGCAGGGAAGGGCGAGGGGGCGGCCGCGGCGCUACGUGGUGUCGGAGGCGGGCGAGCGCAUGGUGAGCGCAGCGCUGCAAGCCCGGCACACCGGCGGAGGGGGGGAGGUGGACGGGGGUGAAGCGAAGAGAACAGGCAGUACGGUGGUAGACAGUCCUGGUACGGAUGGGGAUGGUGGUGAAGAGGAGGGGGCAGCGGAGGCAGACAUGGGAAGAGAAGGUGCAGGCACAAUAGGUGGCGCCACCUUGAGUGGUGGCAGUCGGCCCAAGCUGCAGCCGAAACGAGCAGCCAGUGGAGGCAUGGCACGGGGCAGUGAGGUGCGCGGGAUGAGCGCGGCGGCAGGGAGGGGCGCGGUGGAGUUGUCACCAUUCCACCAUGACAUGGCGCAUGGAACUCUGCCCGCUGCCUGUCCUUCUGCUGCUGCUCACGAGGGGCAUGUGUCGCUGCCUGCAUGGCAGCAGCCGUGUGGCAUGACAUGGCAGCAAGGGAAUGUUCUUGGUGCUGCAGAUGCCGCUGCUGUCAUUCCUGCCACUCUCCCUCUCUCCAUGCUGCCUGCCCUCCACGCCACACCCUCCUCUGCCCCGCAGCAGCCCCGUGUGUCAGAGGCCGCCCCUCCCAGGCAGCACCUCGCCGUGCCGUCGUCCCUGGCAGCGCGGCCCCUCAUUGCGCUGCACGGCCGCCCCGUGGGCCAUGCCCAGUCGCACAGCGCAGCAAAGCAGCAAAGGGGAGGGGAGGGGGCGAGGGGGGAUGGCAGGGGUGAGGCAUGCAAGGGUGGUGGGGAGGGAGGCGGAGGUGGCGGGGUGGCGAUGGAGGCGGGGAUGGGAGGCGGGGGUGGCGGGGUGCAGGGCGGAGAGGGCGGCACUGCCCACGCGCACCUGCUGCACCUCGGCAUCGGCCGUGUCGUGCGCUGCCCUAUAGUGCACCUCCACCAUCCCAUGGCAGAUAGUGCACCUCCACCAUCCCACUCGCUCCUGUGCUGCCCUCCUGUGCUCACGGCCUUCCACCACUGCCACUUGCCCUGUCCUCUCCUCUGCUGUGCUGGCCAGCCCGGGGCAUCACUGGCAGUGCGCGUGGACGGGGUGUUUGACGGCGGUGUCACGCUCGCAGCGCAGGUCGGCGCCCACACGCUCUCCGGUGUGCUGCUCGCCCCGCCUGCUGUGAGUCCCACUGCCCCCCCUGCUGUGAGUCCCUCUGCCCCCCCUGCUGUGAGUCCCACUGCCCCCCCUGCUGUGAGUCCCUCUGCCCCCCCUGCUGUGAGUCCCACUGCCCCCCCUGCUGUGAGUCCCUCUGCCCCCCCUGCUGUGAGUCCCUCUGCCCCCCCUGCUGUGAGUCCCUCUGCCCCCCCUGCUGUGAGUCCCUCUGUCCCCCCUGCUGUGAGUCCCACUGCCCCCCCUGCUGUGAGUCCCUCUGCCCCCCCUGCUGCGAGUCCCACUGCCCCCCCUGCUGUGAGUCCCACUGCCCCCCCUGCUGUGAGUCCCACUGCCCCCCCUGCUGUGAGUCCCUCUGCCCCCCCUGCUGUGAGUCCCACUGCCCCCCCUGCUGUGAGUCCCUCUGCCCCCCCUGCUGUGAGUCCCACUGCCCCCCCUGCUGUGAGUCCCACUGCCCCCCCUGCUGUGAGUCCCACUGCCCCCCCUGCUGUGAGUCCCACUGCCCCCCCUGCUGUGAGUCCCUCUGCCCCCCCUGCUGUGAGUCCCUCUGCCCCCCCUGCUGUGAGUCCCUCUGCCCCCCCUGCUGUGAGUCCCUCUGCCCCCCCUGCUGUGAGUCCCUCUGCCCCGCCUGCUGUGAGUCCCUCUGCCCUUUCCGGGCUGGCCUGCCAGCCAUGGCCGCCAGUGCAGGCAGCUCACCGUCACCACCAUGCCCCACCACGCCACACAGCAUGCAUGUAUCCACCUCAUGAGCCUUCCUUACGUCCUCUCCCCGCCCUCUGCCUGCAGCUGAGGUCCAUCCUCCUCGCCCCGCCUCGCCACUCGUCCACUCCUCCUCCUCGCUCCACCGCCACACCGCCACCGCCCUCUCUGGCACGCCCUUCGUCCGCAUUUCUGCUGCCCUCCCUCCCUGCUUCCAAUGGGCGUCUGACACCUGGCGGUACCUCAGCCCCAGGCACUGACCCUGGUGGCGGCAGUGGCGAUGGCUCCCUGCUACCAUCAGCAGUGGCAGCAGCAGCAGCUUCAUGCAGUGUAUCUGCCCAUUCCACCCCGCAAGCCGCAUCGGCUGACACACACUCCGAGCAGCCUGGUGGUGGCGGGGGGAGGAAGCGGCAGGGCGCGGCCGGUAGAGGCGGAGGGAGGGGGCGGGGGAGGCAUGGGGGCCGGGGGAAGAGGGCGAAGCACAGUGGGGGUGAGGCGGGGGCAGGCGAGGCGGGUAUGGCGAAGGCAGGUGGGGAGGCAAUGCGGAGCAAAUCCAAAUCCAGGACAAGGAAGGGGCAGAUGGGGGGAGAGGGCAGGCGGGGAGGGGGAGGGGUGAGGGAAGGGGAUAGAGGGGAGGAGAAGGUAAAGCAGGGGGCGAUGGGGGAAGUGUGCAGGGAGGUGAGUGCGUGGGAGGCAGGAGAGGAGCGUCAAGGCAUGGAGGUGGUGAGAGGAGGAGAGGCGGGGGGAGGAGAGGGGAAGGAUGGCAUGCAAGGUGGUGAGUGGGAGCGAGCGCGCGAGCACCCUGAAAGGUGGGAGACACGUGUUGGGCAAGGGGCACAGCCGUCUCGCAUGCAGCAGCAGCAGCAGCAGCAGGAUUCUGCGUCUGUUUGUGAGGCUGCUUGGGCCCAUCCCAAUGCUGCACUGCAGCCGUCACCCUCUCUCAUGCCCGUGCCAUCCCACCCCACUUUCAUGCUGCCCCCACGGCCCUUGUCAAGCAGUGUGGCUCGGUACGGCUGCGAGAUGCAAGGGGACAGCGCAGAGCAGCAGCGGGCAGCAGGGCACGUGAGUGUGCUUGCGGGAUAUGCUGUGACACACGGAGGAGGAGGAGGAGGAGGAGGAGGAGGAGGAGGAGGAGGAGGAGGAGGAGGAGGAGGAGGAGGAGGAGGAAGAGUGGGGCCAAGUGGGGAGAGCAUGAACAAAGGGGAGGGCAUGAAGGAAGGCGAGUGGGAUGAGGAGGUGGUGCAAUGGCAUGCAGACAUGCAUGUUAGCAUGCAUGGUGACGGUCAUCCGCAGUGGCAUACUGAGGAGGAAGGAGGGAAUUUUGGAGGAGGGCAGGGGGGCAACGGCAUGAAAGCAGCCGGUCGUGCCAGCGUGCACGCUGCCAUGGAGGCGGAGCCUGAGGCUGCGGCUGCAGCUGAGGCCGCACAUGCUCCGCACGGCCCUCAUGGCCUCCACACCCCGUGCACUGCGCAUGCCAGUCAGCGCCCUCUUGCCGCUCACACCACGUGUGGCAGUGCCGACCUUGUGGCUCACGGCAUGUGCGGCAUGGAGCAGUGGAUGGCAGAGCUGCAGGGCACACCGGGGCAUGGCGAGGGGCAUGGCGAGGGGCAUGGCGAGGGGCAUGGCGAGGGGCAUGGCGAGGGGCAUGGCGAGGGGCAUGGCGAGGGGCAUGGCGAGGGGCAUGGCGAGGGGCAUGGCGAGGGGCAUGGCGAGGGGCAUGGCGAGGGGCAUGGCGAGGGGCAUGGCGAGGGGCAUGGCGAGGGGCAUGGCGAGGGGCAUGGCGAGGGGCAUGGCGAGGGGCAUGGCGAGGGGCAUGGCGAGGGGCAUGGCGAGGGGCAUGGCGAGGGGCAUGGCGAGGGGCAUGGCGAGGGGCAUGGCGAGGGGCAUGGCGAGGGGCAUGGCGAGGGGUAUGGCGAGGGGCAUGGCGAGGGGCAUGGCGAGGGGUAUGGCGAGGGGCAUGGCGAGGGGUAUGGCGAGGGGCAUGGCGAGGGGCAUGGCGAGGGGCACGGCGAGGGGCAUGGCGAGGGGCAUGGCGAGGGGCAUGGCGAGGGGCAUGGCGAGGGGCAUGGCGAGGGGCAUGGCGAGGGGCACAGAGGAGAGCAGGUGACAGGAGGGGCGCAGCAUCCUCAGGCUGCGGCUGGUGGCAACGCUGGCAGCUCGCUGCCCAGCCUGGCGGCGCACCCACCCUCUCAUGGCCACCUGUCACCGGGAUUGCAUGAGUGGGGCGACUGCACAGGUGGCAGCGGCAGUGGCAGUGGCAGUGGCGAGUGGCAGCUGAUUGCGUCGCCUCCCUCCCCCCUCCACCUCAUCGGCCUGGACUCCUCCCUCCACUCGCCCUCGCUCCACCCUCACUCACAUGUCGCCUCUCACACGUCCCCCUCCACCCCUCCCUCACUGCAUCUGCCCCCCCUGUCCCUGCCACCGCUCCUGCUGCCGCCCCUCCACCUGCCCGCCCUGCCCUCAUGCGACCACGUGGGGUCGUCCCCCGCGCCCCCCACGCCCCACGGCAGCCGCCUCUCCCACUGCAGCACACCCGCCCAGCACACAGAGGCAGGCAUGGGUGGGGCGCAGGGUCAACGGGAGGCUGGGGAAGGUGCAAGUGGAGUUGCACUGAGCAAUGGAGAUGGGAGGGGUGUGCUUGACGGUGAAUGGAGAUGGGAGGGGUGUGCUUGA